AUGAUAAUUGAAGAUGAUGAUGAGGGACAUCAUGGUCAUGAAUUUAUCCCACAUGUGACUAUAUAUCAGCCUGAGGAGCCUUCUAUAGUGCAUGAGGAGAAUGUGGUACAUGGGCAGGAGGAGGCUGCAACUGCUCAUGAGGGAGAGCAUUUGGAGGAGGGGCAUGAUGGAGCUGAGGGACUUGGUGAGCUCACACGGCAGGAAGAGCCUUCUAUAGUGCAUGAGGAGGAUGUGGUACAUGAGCAGGAGGGAGAGCAUAUGGAGGAGGGGCAUGAUGGAGCUGAGGGACCUGGUGAGCUCACACGGUAUCCUGGAGGACCUUAUGAUUUAUUUAUCCUUACACAAUACCGUCAUCAUCUUUCAGCUCGACUAUGGUUUGCGACCAUUGCUGAAAAUUGUUGCGCAUGGAAAGAAAAUGUAACAAUUUACCCUGCCGGUACAUCCGUGACCCAUAGAGAACUAGGUGAAUUUGUCAGAUUUGAACUCAUUACAACGGGUAGUUUGAAGAUGAUCGACAACAACCUGAUAUCUGCAUUUGUGGAAAGACGACAUUCCGAGACAUCGUCAUUUCACAUGCCAUUUGGUGAAAUGACGAUUACUUUGGAUGAUGUUGCCAAUCUUUUGAGAUUGCCUAUUAGGGGUGAGUUCUGCAGUCUACCCGAUAGAGUCUUCAGAAGACAGUGUGUAGCAGAGAGAUUUGAUUGUGCUGCUAGGGCAUAUCUCUUGAAUCUAGUAGGGAGUACUUUUUUCGCUGAUAAGAGUCAUACUCUAAUUGAUGCGAAGUACCUUCCUUUAUUCAGAUAUUUAGACGAUACAGAUAAAUAUGUAUGGGGUACUACUACGCUCGUAGUGCUUUAUGACUACCUCUCAGAUGUCUGCUGUUAUGACACCAAACAGCUAGGUGCUAACGUGGAAUGCUUUGCGCGAAUAAAUAGAUGGUGCUACAAACAAGGCAAGCACAAGGUCCAUGAGUACAAACAUAUCAUUGAUGCAUUGACACUUGUGGAUGUUAUAUGGAGACCAUGGGAGAAUUAUAUGGGUGUCAUUCCUUUUGAUGAUAUCUUGUUUUAUACUGGACACCUCCGAUUAUGCAGCACUGUAGUGAAAUAUCUGCUAGAGAGGUGUUUGAGACAAUUUGGAUAUGUCCAAUAUAUUCCUUCACCACCACUUCCAGAUCCUUCUAGAUUAUUUGAUGUAGAUGUGGAAUGGUUGAGAUAUGUGACCCAGUGCAGAGAUAUUUCACAAGCUUCGUCCAGCUACAUAUCCAUCUAA